AAGUAAAUUUGGUUCUACCCUCUACAGACCAAAGAUCUGCAUUCGAUUAUUUUGGCACCAACCAGAACCACCGGCCCACACGGCCACACAAUGCACAUACAUCUCUUUCAAGUUUCAAUUAUUUGUAACUGUAUUUCAUUACAUUACACCCCCUCCUAAACCCCCCUUCAAGGCUACAACUCCCAACCAUAGAAAUCCAACACUCCUAGUCCUCGUUAAUUAAUCCUCCCAUACUUCUUUCCAACCAUAUCUUCCUCAAAAUCUAUCACCCAUAUCUAUUAACAUCACAAUUCACAACAUGCAUUAUCACCUUUCCCUUUCAAUCUUUCUGCUCUUCCUCCUUUUCUACUUCCUUCCACCUCUUUCCGCCACCCACAACACCACUGCCUCAUACCACGACUACCUCAAACUCGAACUCAUCCGCAUUAUACCCUCUACAACCCCUUCUCAGCUAGUCUUCCUCGACAACCACCGCAUUCUCUCUCUCCACCACCACCACCAUCAACACCGCCAAAAUUAUUCCGUCAAAUCCCCCCUAAUCUCCGGCGCCGCCAUUGGCUCCGGCCAAUACUUCGCCGCAAUCUCCAUCGGAACUCCACCGCAAAACCUCCUCCUCGUUGCCGACACCGGCAGCGAUCUCACUUGGCUAAAAUGCUCCGCCUGCCGCGGCCCCACAUGCUUCUCCACUCACCCGCCUUCCUCAGCUUUCUUCCCCCGCCAUUCUCUCUCCUUUCGCCCCACUCACUGCUACGACUCACUGUGUCAACUCGUCCCUCACUCGCCCGAUUCAAAUCACUGUCCUCGCCCUCACCGCCGGGCCCACUCCUCCUGCUGGUAUGACUACUCUUACGCUGACGGCUCCUCAACCUCGGGAAUCUUCUCCCGAGAAACGACAUCGUUUAACUCCAGCUCCGGUAAGGUGGUUCGGGUCCCCAGAGUGAGCUUCGGGUGCGGGUUUGACGAGUCGGGUCCUGCUGUUUCGGAUACUGGUUUUGAAGGGGCGAGUGGUGUUAUGGGUUUGGGCCGUGGGCCUAUCUCGUUUACAGCCCAAUUAGGGAAACGAUUCGGGAACAAAUUCUCUUACUGUCUUAUGGAUUACACUCUCUCUCCUCCUCCAACUAGCUACCUCAUGAUUGGUGGCGGCCACGACGUCGUUUCUGGUAGUUAUCACGUGCGGUCGACUCCACUUAUUAGGAGUGAAGUCUCGCCAACUUUUUACUACAUUGGUAUCCAAUGCGUGAUUAUUGAUGGUAUAAAAUUACCUAUAAACCCUUCAGUGUGGGCCCUUGACGAUUUUGGUAACGGCGGUACAGUUAUUGACUCAGGAACUACAUUGACCUAUGUUCCCGAGCCCGCUUACCGUCAAAUCCUAACGGUAAUGAGGCAACAAGUGAAGUUGCCUAGACUCAGUGAGUUUACUCAGCAGUUUGACGUGUGCUUUAACGUGUCGGGGGUUAAUCGUCCAAGUUUUCCAAAGAUGAGCUUCUUAUUAAUUGGUGAAUCGGUUUUCGACCCGCCACCACGUAAUUAUUUUAUAGACGUGGCGGAGGACGUGAAGUGCCUUGCAUUGCAAGCCGUUAUGUCGCCGUCAGGAUUUUCUGUGAUUGGUAAUCUUAUGCAGCAGGGGUUCUUGUUUGAGUUCGAUAAUGAUAGUUCACGGCUUUUGUAUUCACGGAACGGUUGUGAUGGGGGGCCACCUUCAUGAUGUCUUACUCGAGUCCACUCACUCGAGUUGGGAUUUUGUACAUCACAACAUUUUUUUUUCAUUCAAUUUAAAGAGCAUUCAAUUCAACGUGUUGUGUGUUUUCCUUUUUACAAUUUGAGAUUCGUAUUAGAUAAUGUACUUCUUUGUAACCCAUGUUUCUAUAGUUGCAAUAUUAAACAUCAUAUUUGUUCA